AUGACCAAGCACGCUGCUUCCGGCAUUGCCUCCUCCCGGCGCAAGUCGCGGAAGGCUCACUUCUCGGCGCCUUCCAGCAUCCGCCGCAACAUCAUGAGCGCUCCUCUCUCCAAGGAGCUUCGUGAGAAGUACAACGUCCGCAGCAUCCCCAUCCGCAAGGACGACGAGGUCACCAUUGUCCGUGGCUCCAACAAAGGCCGUGAGGGCAAGGUCACCUCUGUGUACCGUCUCAAGUACGUCAUCCACGUCGAGCGUGUCACCCGCGACAAGGCUUCCGGCCAGAGCGUCCCCCUGGGCAUCCACCCCAGCAAGGUCGUCGUCACCAAGCUCAAGCUCGACAAGGACCGUGAGAACAUCCUUGAGCGCAUCAAGGCCGGCCGCGAGCUCCGCGCCAAGACCCAGAAGAAAUAA